AUGAUUGAGAGCGAAAGGCUUAACUACAUACGACUUCAACAAAAGAAUCUAAGGUCAGAUAGCUAUGAAAGUCUAUGUGAAUUAAGAAAUAAGGGCCAGCAAGACAUAUCUAAGGUUGGAAAACGAAUCUUUUUGCCCUCUUCGUUUACCGGUGGCGCUAGAUAUAUGAUGCAAAAUUAUUUAGAUGCCAUGGCUAUCUGUAAGUGGUUUGGUUAUCCGGAUUUUUUUAUAACCAUCACGUGCAAUCCAAAGUGGCCUGAGGUAAAAAGGUUUCUUAGAGACACAAAUCUUAAACCUGAAGAUAGGCCCGAUAUACUGACGAGAUUGUUUAAAAUAAAGUUGGAUUCAAUUUGCAAAGAUUUUAAAGAACGCCAUCUAUUUGGAAAAGUUGCAGCAGUUGUUUACACAAUCGAGUUUCAAAAGAGAGGAUUGCCUCAUGCCCACCUAUGCUUAUUCUUAGAAAAUGAAUCCAAACUUCCAACGGUAGACCAUGUUGAUCCAUUUAUAACUGCAGAAAUCCCUGAUGAAGAUGAAGAUGCAGAAUUAUAUGCGCUUGUGAAAGACUAUAUGAUUCAUGGUCCAUGUGGUAACGCUAAUUUAAGUUGUCCAUGUAUGGUUGACAAUAAGUGUUCGAAGGGUUUUCCAAAGAAUUUUCAAGAUCAUACUACACUGGAUUCAAAUGGAUUCCCAAUAUACAAAAGAAGAGAUAAUGGUGCUUAUGUAGUAAAAAAUGGAAUCGACUUAGACAACAGAAGUGUUGUGCCAUACAACAAAAAACUUUUGAAAUGCUACCAGGCACAUAUAAAUGUUGAGUGGUGCAAUCAAGCCGGAUCAAUUAAAUAUUUGUUUAAAUAUAUAAAUAAAGGCCCUGAUAGAGCAACCGUUGCUGUUGUCCAACAUGAUAAUAACAAUGAACAACUAGAACAAGACGAGGUCAAAGAAUAUUAUGAUUGUAGGUAUAUAUCGGCUUGUGAGGCAUCUUGGAGGAUCUUCGCCUAUGAUGUGCAUUACAGGACUCCUUCUGUUAUGAGGCUGCCUUUCCAUCUGCCUGGAAAACAACCUGUUGUUUUUGGACCCGACGAGGAUAUUAAUCAAGUCCUUAACAAACCAUCUGUCAAAGCUUCAAUGUUUCUUUCCUGGAUGGAACGUAACAAAGACCCGAAUGACACAUUGGCCCGUACACUAACAUAUGUUCAGUUUCCAAGUUGGUAUGUAUGGAAGCUUGAUAAACGUUGUUGGGAACCUAGACAAAGACAUAAGUCAAUUGGGAGAAUUCACGCUGUAAGUCCGUCUCUUGGGGAAGCAUAUUAUUUAAGAAUUCUUCUUAACAAAGUGAAAGGACCAAAAUCUUUUGAUGAUAUUAAAACAGUUGAUGGUAAGGUAUAUGAUACAUUUAGAGAUGCAUGUUAUGCACUCGGUCUUUUGGAUGAUGACGCAGAAUACAUUGAGGCAAUCAAAGAAGCAAAUGAAACAGGAUCCCCUUCGUAUCUUCGUAAUUUAUUUGCUACUUUGCUAUUAACAAAUACGUUGUCCAGACCUGAGGUUGUAUGGGAAAGCACAUGGAGAUACAUGACAGACGACUUUAUCUACAGACUUAGAAAAUAUCAUCGUCUUACAGAUUUAUCAAUUCCAGAUCACCAACUUAAAAACUAUGUUUUGAGUGAAGUUGAAAAAUUCUUAGCCAGAAACAACUCAUCACUCAGAAGAUUUGAGACAAUGCCGUACCCAGAUACUGCGUCUAUGUCUGAUUCAGACAAUCGUUUGAUUAACGAGGAGCGUAUUUACGACCAAACGAAUCUUCAAGUUGAAUUUAAUAAUCAACUUAAUUUGCUAACUGAGGAGCAACGGUCAGUUUUCCAACAAAUAAUCAACGCAGUUGAGAGUAACAAAGGUGGGGUUUUUUUUGUGUACGGCUAUGGUGGGACCGGCAAGACCUUCUUAUGGAAGACAUUAUCUGCGGCAAUCAGAUCAAAAGGUCAAAUUGUAUUAAACGUUGCUUCAAGUGGCAUCGCGUCGUUGUUAUUGUCUGGUGGCAGGACCGCGCAUUCCAGGUUUCGUAUUCCAUUGAAUCUUACUGAGGAUUCAGUUUGUCAUAUAAAACCGAAUGGAGAUGUUGCUAGACUACUACACGAAACAAACUUGAUUAUAUGGGAUGAAGCGCCUAUGGUCCAUAAGCAUGCAUUCGAAGCGUUGGAUAGAACAAUGAACGACAUUUUCAAUAUCGAAACUUCAAACAGAUCAAACAUCCGCUUUGGAGGGAAGGUUAUUGUUUUAGGAGGCGAUUUUAGACAGAUCCUUCCUGUUGUUCCAAAUGGUGGAAGACAAGAGAUUGUCAAUGCCUCAAUAAGUUCGUCUUAUCUGUGGAAUACAUGUAAGUUGCUGAGAUUAACAAAAAACAUGAGGUUAACAGUUGGAAGUUCAGCAUCCAACGCUGAAGAAAUAAAACAAUUUGCCAAAUGGCUUUUGGAUAUAGGUGAGGGAAAUGUUGGUGGUCCAAAUGAUGGAGAAGCGUCAAUUGAAAUACCAAGCGACCUUCUAAUCACUGAUACAUCGGAUCCCAUUUCCACUUUAAUUGAUUUUGUGUAUCCUUCAAUUCUCGAAUACUUCAACAAUCAGAAUUAUUUCAGUGAGAGGGCUAUACUUGCACCUAAGAACAAGGUUGUGCAUGAAAUUAAUGAUCGGUUGUUGUCACUAUUCCCAGGAGAAGAACGAGAGUAUCUUAGUUCAGAUAGUCUUUGUCAGUCUGAAGAUCCAAACGCUACACAACAAAAACUAUACUCUCCUGAUGUGCUUAACGGUCUUAAAGUAUCCGGCUUACCUAAUCAUAGGCUAGCACUAAAAGUAGGCGUGCCGGUGAUGCUAUUACGUAACAUUGACCAACAAAAUGGGCUUUGCAAUGGUACACGACUACAAGUCAAAAAAAUGUAUAACCGUGUAAUAGAAGCCGAGAUAAUAUCCGGAGGGAACAUAGGCACACGCACUUAUAUACCAAGGAUUAGUUUGAUACCUUCUGAUAAAAAAAUUCCUUUUGAGUUUCAAAGGAGACAAUUUCCGUAG